UAGGUGGAAUGAUCAUGCCAAGGACAUUGCUCUUGCUUGUCGGCGCAAGCCUGGAGCAUUGAAUCGUGUCUUUGGAUUAGCUCCAACUGAAGUUCGGCGUCGAAUCUAUCUUCUAUUCUUCCUAAAGUUGACUAUUGCUGUGCCUUGUAUGACAGUUCUUUCUCUCUUACUGUUCUUGAUUCUGUAAACAAACUUCUCUACAAAAAAAUAUUCUAUCGGCACUGGUUGUGCACGGGUGCGCACCGGUGCCGAAUAAUUUUUUUCUGGGCACCAAUGCGCACCGGUGCCAGAAAAAAUGUAAAAAUCUCGCACCGGUGUGCACCAGUCCCAAAAAGAAUAAAAAAUCUCGCACCAGUGCCGAAGUUUUGUCUUCAAUCACCAUUUUGUUUUGUCAAUUUCUGUCUAUAUUAACGCUACAGUCUACUUCUAAUAUGGCAUGCCACGCGCACCGGUGCGCACUGAUUUUUACCAGUGCCGCACUGGAAUUUUUUUUAUAGGGUUGCUUCUCGUUUUAUUUCUCGCAAUUCUGACUAUCGUUCUAGUUCUCUACUUGUGUCUCAACUUUCUCUCCCAAAUCUCACUCUUCGUCGUAAAUACGUUCGACUUCUACAGUUUUUCAAAACUUAUCACCGUCUAUGUCCUGUUUCUCUUUUUUAUACUAUUCAUCGUCCUCACUACUCAUCUUUACGUCUUCAUCAUUCUAAAUAUGUUCGCAUUCCAUCUUCUGUUGAUGGUUAUUCUCCGCAAACGGUGCAUUCUUUUUUUUAUUUAACUAUUGCUGACUGGAAUAAUCUCCCAGAGUCAGUUAUUUGUCUUUCUUCUUUAACGUCUUUCAAAACAGCUUUAUGUCAGUAUCUCUUCCAGUGGAACAUUUUGUCAGUUAAGAAUUUAUAUUAUUCUUUUUUAUUUUUUUCAAAAAUUUGUUCUUUUUUUUACUAGUUCUGGUUCUAACCUUAGUUGUCUUAUUUAUUUUGUUCUUUUUUUAUUAUUCUUUUUGUGUUGUUUGGCUUGAGUCAUUUUUUACGGGUCAGUGAACUUUGAUGACUCUCUCACUUUUCGUGAAUAAACAGUCUUAGUCUUAGUCUUCUUAGUCUAGACUUACCAAUAUUACACAGAAGUAAUGCUACGCCACCGAAACGACUUAGAUAAACUUAAACUAGUUUGACUUGGACUCAGCCCGCAUCCACACUGAAAAUCUUCGCCACGACAUACUUAUGGAUUCGAAACAGAGACUGAAAAUCAUAACAGUCGUAUUUUGUUUUUUCAGAGUAUGUAACUCUAGUCUUAGUCAACAGUCCCAGAAAAAAUCCUACAACAUCUCGCAAGUCUUACGGAGUUUUCAACAAUUCUAUUUUACUUAUUUCUCAUUCUUAAGUUAGCAUUUUGGUAUUAGAUCUGUUUUUUCAAAUGAAAGUUGAGGCAAGGUAGCUAUCGGUAUCAAUCAGAUCCAAUCAAGAACCUAUCAAUAUACUCAGUUUUCUUAAAAAUGUAAAAAAAACGUCAGUAUAUAAGAACUUAUCAGAACAUAUUCAAACUGGUACCUUUUCUAACCGUAGCAGUGACGAAAAACUUUGAAAAUUUGUCGUAAAAGGAGUGGUUCUCAUAUAUUAUGUAUCUUGGGAAAAAAAAAGAUGAAUGUGUCUUGCACAGUUUCAGUGGGAGCCCUGUCGAAAUCUUUCAGAACUUUUGUCAAAACGAGAGACCUGUAGUAUUCCAUCAAGCCUUGAGGGAAAAUCCUGUAGAUUUUUCAUUUUUGCACGACUCCUCUGGGGUUCUCCGCGGGAAAGUCGGUUCAUAAAAAGUAGCAGUAAUAUUACUUUCUGCAAGAAAAUGUUCAAAACAAGUGAAAUAAACUAGUGAAAAAUUAGAAAAUUGUAUCAGAGACUGGUUAGUGGUUAGAGACGACAUGCUAGUGAAUGACUCAUAAUUUCAAAAUUUUUUUAUAGUAGAAAAAAGGUCUUAUCUGUACUCCACUAUUGGCACACUUCUUUUGUUUUAGAAAAGAAGCAAACAGUAGCGGUUAUUAAAACACGCAUGAUUUUUGAGAGUUUAUAUGUGCACUUGUUUCUGGAGAAAUACUUAUAGUAACAGAGUUUUUGUUUUUCAUAUUUUACUGAUACACUUUUUCUCAUUGUUCGUGCACAUCAUUUGUAAGAAAAACAGAGACAACAAGAUACAUGUUGCUGGAAAAUUUCAUUAAAAACAUUGGAUGACAACGUGAAUCUAAAAUAACUUUAGCUACAGCGACGCGAAAAUUUUUAUCGGCGCCGGAGGAUCUCUAUCUACAGUACCAAUCUUUUUUUGUACUGCGUCAAUCAAUCACUGAUGUUAGGUACAAAAUUGUUUGGUGUGUAUUUUUUGCAUCUGGACUUUCACGAUGUUAGCGGCUACCAUUCUGUACUGUACUAACAAGAGUGUAAGAUCACUAUUAAUUAGUAACUUAAGUUUAGAUGAUAAGAGAUACUUACAGAUAAUUCACUUGAUGAUGCUUAUAUGUAUUUCAUUUGUUGUUCUACUUCUUGACUUACACAUUGAUGAACUGUUAGUUUAAUGCACGGGAUCCUGCUGUUCUAAUGUGUUGGAUUCAGCUCUGAUUGCUGAAAUUUUAGCGGAAACUGGCUCCACUUAGAAUCAUUGAAUAUAUGGGUAGGUUUUCUAUAGUACUGAUUUAAUUUUCGUUUGUGAGAAUAAAACGUGAUAUAUUAUUCUACCCCAAAAGUUUUUAAUUGUUUUUCUAGUCUGUUUCACCGCAGCUAUUCAUCAAGGUAAAGUUUUUAGUGUUGAUAAACACGGCGAACGUGAUUAUAUCAAAAUAACAAUGGCUACCAUUCAAAAUGAGCCGCAACAACGAACUGCUUUUUCACAAAUGCCUACGAGUACAAAUAUUUAUUUAGCUAAAGCAGAUGAAUGGCUACAUAAACUAAUUCGUGGAACACCAAACGGUUUAACUUUGUCCAAUUUAACAUGUGGCUUAUUUUCAUUGAUAAUGUCUAUGAAUGGAUUUCAUCGAUUUGGAUCAUUAUUUAUACUCUUAGCAGGUGUAUGUGAUGUGUUUGAUGGACGUUUAGCUCGUUACUUGAAAAUUGAAGGUCCUAUGGGUGCACAAUUAGACUCACUGGCAGAUAUUGUUUCUUUUGGUGUUGCUCCAGCAAUACUUGCUCAUUCUAUAUCACAAUGGUCGUUUCUAAUGAUAAUUGCUUUUGUAGCAUAUCCAUUAGGUUAG